ACUAACCUGAACUGCAGAACCAACAGUCAUAGAUUUGUAAAGUAAAGCUGUCACACAUCACAAGGGAUGCAGACAAGCUUCAGAGCAUUAAACACACACUGUGUCUGUCUUUACAGAAUGAAGACCAUUCUCAGCAGUCAGACCGUCGACAUCCCCGACAAUGUCGAGGUGAGGUUGAAGGGGCGGACAGUGAUAGUCAAGGGGCCCCGUGGGAAACUCGUCAGGGAGUUCAACCACAUCAACCUGGAGCUCAGUCUGCUGGGCAAGAAACAGAAGAAGCUUCGUGUGGAUAAAUGGUGGGGAAACAGGAAGGAGCUGGCCACAGUCCGCACCAUCUGCAGCCACGUCCAGAACAUGAUUAAAGGAGUCACUUUGGGUUUCCGGUACAAAAUGCGUUCCGUGUACGCCCAUUUCCCCAUCAACGUCGUCAUUCAGGAGAGUGGAACUCUGGUGGAGAUCAGGAACUUCCUGGGAGAGAAGUACAUCCGCCGUGUCCGAAUGAGGGCUGGUGUGAACUGUGCUGUCUCAGCUGCCCAGAAGGACGAGCUGGUGCUGGAGGGUAACGACAUUGAGCUGGUGUCAAACUCAGCUGCUCUGAUCCAACAGGCCACCACAGUCAAAAAUAAGGAUAUCAGAAAGUUCUUGGACGGUAUUUACGUGUCUGAGAAAGGAACAGUAGUGGAGCCACCUCAGUAAAAGUUACAUCUGCACUUGUCGAGCAGCCUUGAUCCAACAGGCCACCACGGUCAGAAAGAAGGACAUCAGGAAGUUCCUGGACGGCAUCUACGUCAGCGAGAAGACCACUGUGGUGGAGCAAAAGACCGAAUAAUUGUUCACCGUGUCCUGUUAUGACCAAUAAAACUACCAUCUUUUCCAAUCAA